UAACCUCACUAGUUAUUUGGCUUCAACAAAUGAACUUUAUACGCUGACGUUAGAUAGUCAACUUAUGUGUAUAAAUGAAUGUACGAAGACAACGAAUUGUCUCUCUGUGUUCUACAUACACAAAACAUGUCGAUUAAACAAUGUAUAUUUUUCAAGUACAACUGGACUGGUUCCUGUAAACGGGUCCGAGUAUUUUGGUUCAGGAUCUUCUUGUUCACCAAAUCCGUGUUUGCAUGGCGGUACAUGUUCAAAAGCUGGAUCUUCUUUCAAAUGUGACUGUUCGGCUGAUAGGCGAGGUUCUCGGUGUGAAACAGAACCAUGUAAUCCUGAUCCUUGUGUUCAUGGUACAUGUAUUAAAUCAGAUGUGGCAGCAGGCUUUAGGUGUCAUUGUCGUGAAGACAUUAAAGGUUACUUAUGUGAUAUAGACGACGACUGAUAUUAACAGCACCAACAUCUGAAUUUAUGGAGUAUGCUGAAGAAAUUCGGUUGUUCAUUUCAUAUACUUGAGGGUAUCACAAGCCUAGUAGUGUGCUGACAUGAAUUGUCAAUUAUAUGGUUAUAUUUAUAAAUUUACUGUUUACAAAUUUUUGAAUUUUUUGAAAUACUAAGGCUUUUCUACCUCAGGCAUAGAUUACCUUAGCUGUAUUUGGCAAAACUUUUGGGAAUUUUGGUUCUCAAUGCUCUUCAACUUCGUACUUUAUUUGGCCUUUUUAAUUUUUUUGGAUUCGAGCGUCACUGAUGAGUCUUUUUGUAGACGAGGCGCGCGUCUGGCGUAUUUACUAAAUUUAGUCGGGGUACGUAUCUGUGAUGAGUUUAUUUACAUAUAUAAUCUUAAACUAUUCAGAAACGAGCAUCAUGAUAAAAAUUUUUUUUAAAUGUACGUCAUUUUAAACAGUUUUAUAUAGUGCUUUAGAAGAUAUCGUAAAUCAAUAAACUUGGAAAGUUUCGCCUCAUAUUGGGGUUUAGAUUUUAGGUAUUUGGUUAAGUUACUUUUUUUGUAGAAUUUACAUUUACGUUGUCUCUGAUUGACAGUUUUCAGUUAUUAGAUUUAAUUUUG